CGGGGCCGGGCGGAGGCGCGGGGCCGCGGGGCGCAGCAUCUGGCCGGGCGGGUUCCGAGCUCGCGGGCCGGGAGCCGUGGCGCCCUCGGGGCGGCUGGACGGGCCCCGCGGCGGCGCCAUGCCCGCGGGCUGAGCGUCGCCGCCGCUGCCGGGCCGCGCCCCGCCUCGCCUCCCGCGGGGGCCCGCCAUGGUGCUGCCGCCCCCGGACCGGCGGCACGUGUGCCUGACCACGCUGGUGAUCGUGGGCAGCAUGGCGGUCAUGGACGCCUACCUGGUGCAGCAGAGCCAGGGCCCGCGCAAGAUCGGCGUGUGCAUCAUCGUGCUGGUGGGCGACGCAUGCUUCCUGCUGGUGCUGCGCUACGUGGCCGUGUGGGUGGGCGCCGAGGUGCGCACAGCCCGGCGCGGCUACGCCAUGGUCCUCUGGUUCCUCUACGUCUUCGUGCUGCAGAUCAAACUCUACUUCGUCUUCCAGAACUACAAGGCGGCGCGGCGCGGCACGGCCGACCCGGUGGCGCGCAAGGCGCUCACGCUGCUGCUGUCCGUGUGCGUGCCCGGCCUCUUCCUGCUGCUUGUGGCGCUGGACCGCAUGGCCUACGUGCGCACCUUCCGCAAGCGCGAGGACCUGCGCGGCCGCCUGUUCUGGGUGGCGCUGGACCUGCUGGACCUGCUGGACAUGCAGGCCGGCCUGUGGGAGCCGCCGCGCACCGGCCUGCCGCUGUGGGCCGAGGGCCUCACCUUCUUCUACUGCUACAUGCUGCUGCUCGUGCUGCCCUGCGUGGCGCUCAGCGAGCUCAGCAUGCAGGGCGAGCACGUGGCGCCGCAGAAGAUGAUGCUCUACCCCGUGCUCAGCCUCGCCACCGUCAACGUAGCGGCCGUGCUGGCGCGCGCCGCCAGCCUGGCGCUCUCCCGCGACAGCCGCGUCUCGGCCAUCUUCGUGGGCAAGAACGUGGUGGCGCUGGCCACCAAGGCCUGCACCUUCCUGGAGUACCGCCGCCAGGUGCGCGACUUCCCGCCGCCCGCGCUCCAGCUGGAGCUGCAGCCGCCGCCGACCUCGCAGCAGCGGCGCCACUCCGGGCCACUUCCCCCACACGGCCCGCCCGGCCGCCCCCGCGCGCCCUCGCCCACGCGCGACGCGCUGGACACGUGACAGGGCCCGCCCGCCCGCCCGCCCGCCCGCAUCCCUCCUCCCUCCUCCCCAGACACCCGCGCGGGGGGUGGUGGCUGGAGACACUGGCUGGUGGGGUGCGCAGUGUGCAUGGGAGGGGUGGGGCGGGCUCCCCACGCGGCCGGGUGCUGGGAGUGCCUGGCCUGCAGCUGCUGCUUCAUCUCAGGGACCCCUCGGACCCCGGACCUCAGCCCCAUCCCGCUCAGGAGCCCGCCCGGAGCCGCGGGUGUGCUGUGCGGAGGGGAAGGCCCUCCCCUGCCCGCAGGGCCUGGGAGGGGAGGGAAGACAGAGGCGGGGAGGUCUGGUCCCUGGGGUCCCUCCUGGGGCCUCUGGCUCAGAGCUGGGGGCCAGGAGGCCUCUGUCGUUUUAAAGACUCACGUUUACAGUUUUGUA